AUGCUCGAAUCAAGCGAACCCGGAACGUCGAUCCUCAUGGAGACAUUGUCUUUGUAUCGAGAGAUUCGACAUCCAUUGUUUCAAAACGACUCUGUCUCUUGUUUGACUUCUACUCUGGAACAACUAAUAUCAGAAGACCACGUGCUAGCCACUAUGCCCAUGGCAAUAUGGGUUGCUUUAAUUAUCUACGGUACAUUGAGCACAAACACGGUGCUUUCAUUAUUGAGCCUUCGUCGGUCCUAUGAGGAGCUAACAACAAAACGACAUUCUCACCUCGACGUUCUCGACAUAUUCAGAGUGAUGGCGAUUCUAUGGGUGAUCACCAACCACACUGGUAGCGAAGGACGAGUCGACGUUCUGGAUCGACUUCCAUCCGCUGAUCAAUUUAAGGCAGCUGUGCAUAAUAAUCCGGUAUUUGGCGCAUUGCUGGGGAACUCGGCUCUUGGUGUGGAGAUUUUCCUGGUGCUUUCUGGACUUCUUGGUGCCAGGACAUGGUUGAGAAAAGCAGACCAGCCGUUUUUCGCUCACUACCAAGCGUUUAUUAUACGCCGAGUUCUACGCCUUGUGCCGUCGGUUGUGUUCUUCAUCUACAUUGUGACGGGUCCACUCACGAAGUUCUUCUUACCAAGAUUCUACUUAUCAAUGAUCUCGUCGUGUGGCGUUUCUGGUAUUACCGCUCACCUCACGUUUCUUGGUAACUGGCAAUCCACUCCCACAUGUCUUGGAUAUUUAUGGUAUCUUGGAUUGGACAUGCAACUAUACAUUGCUGCUCCUUUCCUCCUACACAUUCUCUAUAAACGACCGCUGAUGGGAAAAAUUACAUGCACAGUGUUGAUUCUGAUCUCGAUGCUCCUACGUGGUGUGUACUGCACUUUAUAUGACGUUUGCCAUAAGAGUGACGUCGACAUUCCAUUCAUUUCUUUCCCGGGACAAGAUCAAGAGAAAUCGGCCGUAAUUUACGCCGGUGUUUGGGAGAUGUACGCUCGUCCGUUCACCAAAUGUGGUCCAUUCAUUCUUGGCCUACUACUCGGUACUGCGACAACCACUAUGAGACCGAGUUUGAGCCGUGGUACAUCUCGUAUAAUCACCAACACGUUCUUCACGCUCUGUCUUAGCGUGAUAUAUGGUAUUUUGCCGCAGUACUGGUACGGAAAAUACUUUGAAUGGUACAAUCUCUUCUACACAGCGUCCUUCCGUACAAUUUUUGGCAUUGGAGUUUGUGGAAUGAUGUUGGCGAUCAUUUCACGACAAGAGAGCAAAUCCACGGCAAUAAUAUGGUCGGUACUAGCUCGUCUUAGCUACAACACCUAUUUACUUCAUAUGCCAGUCAUCUAUCUCUUCAAUUACUCGGAAUUUCUUCAGCAAGCCAGUGGAGCUACUGAAUUGAUACUUAUCUUACCUUUUGUCGUCAUCCUUAGUUUUAGUGCCUCAUCGGUUUUUUAUUUCUUCGUCGAAGCACCGCUAGGUCGCAUCACUUCCGGAUGGGUAGAAAAAAAGUGA